AAAAUGUCGGAUUUACACCGAGAAAAAGACGAAAACAAAACGGAAAAUGAAGACCAAAACGACGAAGAAAAUGAUUCAACUCAAUCCUUCACCGAAGCUGUGCGUGAAAAAUAUUGUUUUGACGGUUCUGACUACACAUUCGGAUCUUGUCAGAUAACUUUCCAUGGAAAAGCAGGAACUGGUGGUGCGAAGGCUGAAUUGGCCCAUUUGAGAAAUGUGGUAUUAUGCAACUCUAACUUGACGUAUGCUGGUAUACCAAGAGAAGGUCUGGCCUCACUCUGUCCUAAUGUCAUUGACUUGGAUAUUUCUGGUAACAACCUCACCAGUUGGAAAGAAAUCUUACCUAUAUUCCAACAGCUAACUCAUCUGAAGUUUGUCAAUUUAGGAGGCAACCCCAUUCAAACAGAUCAAGACUAUUUGGAAGGUAUAGAUAAACCACUAAGUAAUGUAGAAAACCUGGUUCUGAAUGGGACGUUUAUUAGGUGGAAAGAUGUUUUGAAGUUUGUUAAGAGGUUACCAGAGUUAAAAGAAAUACAUGUCUGUUAUAAUGAUUAUGAAGAGUUCAGUGGAAUGGAGAAAGAUGAUUUGAAAAAUAUUGAAUGUUUCCGAGCCAACAACAACAAUAUACAAAAGUGGUCAGAGGUUUGGAAACUGCGGCACUUACCAAAAUUACAUUCUUUGAUUCUGUCAGGCAAUCCUGUCAAAGACAUAUUCUUCGACUACAAUUGUUGUACUGGUGACCAUGACGACUGCCAGGAACCGAUAGCUGACUGUGAUCCAAAAGUUCAAAAUUGUGAUGAAACUCUGGUAGAAAGUGCUGAUCAAAAUUCCAGCCAUCUUGUAGCAAGCUCCUGUGAUACUUCAGAUAGUUCGAAGGUCCAGCAGUCUUCAGAAUCUUCAAAGGAACUGUCUUCAGGAACCUCAAAGGAACAACCUUCAGAAACAUCAAAGGAACUAUCUUCAGGAACGUCAAAGGAACAACCUUCAGAAACGUCAAAGGAACUAUCUUCAGAAACAUCAAAGGAACAACCUUCAGGAACCUCAAAGGAACAACCUUCAUUAACCUCAAAGGAACAACCUUCAGAAACAUCAAAGGAACUAUCAGAAAAUGGCUCACAAAACAUAAUCAGAAAUGUUCAAGACCAUACCUGUCCAAAUCUUUCAAGGAACCAAACUUCCAAAGACGAAAAUGAGGAAGAAAAGUCCACAGACGUGCUGACCACAGACCAAGGUGAAGCUUCCAAUAAUCUUGAAUUAGAAGAAGAAUUCCAAACCAUGGUUACAGAGCUGCUCAAAGUGGCUGAUAAAAUGGCCCAUCAAAAAUCGUCUCCCAUCAAACGAACCAAGAGAUACAGAUAUGACUCUCUCCAGAGCGAAGAUGGAGAUUAUGAUGACUGUCCUAAACAGAUGGCCAACUCUUUGGGACAGGUGGCGAGCUCUUUGGGACAUGUGGCGAACUCACUAGGACAGAUGGCAAACUCAUUGGGACAGACUGCUAGCUCGCUGGGACAGGUGGCAAACUCACUUGGACAGUUGUCACCAAAAAUAGCAAGACAGAUUCAAGCAGAUGAAACUGGACAGAUGCCACAUGAUGUGGUGGGACAGAUGCAAGCAAAUAAAAUUGGACAGUUGCCACAAAAAAUGGGACAGAUGCCACCUCAAGUACAUGAACAAAUGGUGAGAGACAUGCCAAAAGAUGGACAGAUUCCAACAGAAACCAUAGGACAGAUGCCAACAAAAACCUUAGAACAGAAGCCAUCAGAGAUGUCUGGACAGAGCCAAUCAGAAGCCACAGGACAGAUUUCAUCAGAAACAAUAGAACAGAAGCCAUCAGAGAUGUCCGUACAGAUGGCACCAAAAGACUUACAACAGCUACCAUCAGAAGCCUCGGGACAGUUACCACCAGAGGAACCAGCCAGAGCUGCUGAUGACGAACCUGAGUGCAGACCUUUCCAGAGUCUGCACACACUAUGUCUGACAGAAACCCAUAUUCACCACACGGACCACUUGGAAGCUCUGACCAAAUUUCCUUCCCUCAAGUCAGUUCGUUUAAGAGAUGUUCCCUUAUAUAAAGAACACAAUGAUGAAGACAGCUGGAAACUUUACCUAGCCAGUUUACCAAAUAUAGAACUGUUUAACGGAAGCGAAAUAUCGGCCACGGACAGAGAAAACUCAGAACGGUUCUACCUGCGACAUUAUUUAGAUUUCGAAGAGAAACCACGAAGACAUGAAGAACUGGAACAAAAACAUGGGAAACUAAGUAAAAUAGUUGAUAUUGACCUGGGUGGAAACUUUCAGAAAUAUGCCUGGCUACAAUUCUAUAUUAAUGGUAAAAAAUCUUUUAAAAAACGUCUGUGUAUGAGAGAUUCCGUCGAUAAGCUACGAACUUUCGUUGCUAAAGAGCUUAAGACAUCCAAAAGAAAUUUUCGACUUUAUUAUUUCCCAUGUGCCCUGGGCCACAUGUUCGAAAAUGGAGAAUUUCCUGAGAAAGAGAAAUUGGUAGCGAACUUGCCGAUGAGUCGAUUUGAUAUGCGGGACGGAGAUGAAAUUCACAUAGAAACAGCCAAUAAUAUUCAAGAGAUGGACAUCAGAGUUGUUAUCACAGAUAGUAGAUGGCAAAGUCGAGUGCCAAGAGAUUAA